UUAUCGGAAACGGAAGUGAGGCCUACUUAUUGUCGUCGCCUCAGUAAAGCGGAAGGAGUGAACGCCUUCGACUUUUGGGUUACUAGAAAAAAGACUAUGGAAUCUGGGAGUAUGGAAACGAUAGCUACUAACCCUCCUGGUGGAGGUUCAAAUGGCUUAGAAGAACCUAAGAAAAUGACAAGAGAGGAUUGGAGAAAGAAGAAGGAGUUGGAAGAACAGCGAAAAUUGGGCAAUGCUCCAGCUGAAGUGGACGAAGAGGGAAAGGACAUCAACCCUCAUAUUCCUCAGUACAUUUCUUCAGUGCCCUGGUAUAUUGAUCCUUCCAAAAGGCCCACACUGAAGCAUCAGCGACCUCAGCCAGAGAAGCAGCAGGAAUUUACAUUUUUGGGGGAAUGGUACAAACGAGGAGUCAAAGAGAAUUCUGUGGCAACUAAAUACCGCAAAGGAGCUUGUGAGAACUGUGGUGCAUUAACACACAAGAAAAAAGAUUGUCUGGAGAGACCUAGAAGAGUAGGAGCAAAAUACACAGGAACUAAUAUUGCCCCAGAUGAACAUGAUCAGCCUCAGCUGAUGUUUGAUUAUGAUGGGAAACGAGACCGAUGGAAUGGCUACAAUCCAGAGGAACACAUGAAAAUUGUGGAAGAAUAUGCCAAAGUUGAUCUAGCUAAACGUACUUUGAAAGCACAGAAACUGCAGGAAGAGCUUGCUUCAGGGAAACUGACAGAACAAGUGAACUCCCCACGACAUCGAUGGGAUGAAGAAGAACCAAAUUCACAGACGGAAAGAGAUCAUAACAGUGAAGGAGAAGAUGAGGACAAAUAUGCAGAUGACAUUGAUAUGCCUGGACAAAAUUUUGAUUCCAAAAGGCGCAUUACUGUCCGAAACCUUCGUAUUCGAGAAGAUACUGCUAAAUACUUGCGGAAUCUAGACCCCAACUCUGCCUACUAUGACCCCAAAACCAGAGCAAUGAGAGAGAAUCCGUACGCCAAUGCAGGGAAGAAUCCAGAUGAAGUUAGUUACGCAGGGGAUAACUUUGUUCGUUACAGUGGGGCUACCAUUUCUAUGGCACAAACUCAAUUAUUUGCCUGGGAGGCCUAUGAAAAAGGUUCUGAAGUUCAUCUCCAGGCAGACCCUACAAAACUAGAACUCUUGUACAAAUCCUUCAAAGUGAAGAAAGAAGACUUUAAGGAGCAGCAGAAAGAAAGCAUCCUAGAGAAGUAUGGUGGAGAAGAACAUCUGGAUGCCCCACCAUCUGAAUUACUGCUUGCUCAGACAGAAGAUUAUGUGGAAUAUUCUAGGCACGGAACAGUCAUUAAAGGGCAAGACAAGGCUGUUGCUCGCUCUAAAUAUGAGGAAGAUGUUCUGAUCAACAAUCACACGUGUAUCUGGGGUUCCUAUUGGAAGGAAGGCAAAUGGGGGUAUAAAUGCUGCUACUCGUUUGUCAAGUAUUCAUAUUGCACAGGAGAAGCUGGAAAAGAACUGGCUAAUGCUGAUGGGGAAUUGCCAAGUGAACUGCCUGAGGAUGAGUAUAUGGCCAUACCCAAAACUCUUGUAGAGAUCCACCAGGAGAGACAAAAAGAAGAGAAGAAGAAGAAGAAAAAGAAGAAGAAGCAUAAGAAGAGCACAAGUUCUGACAGUGAGGGAGAAGAGAGAAAGAAACAAGAAAAAUUGAAAAAGGCAUUAAAUGCGGAAGAAGCUCGUCUCCUUCAUGUGAAAGAAAUCAUGCAAUUAGAUGAGAGAAAGAGACCAUACAACAGCAUGUAUGAAAGCCGGGAACCAACAGAGGAGGAAAUGGAGGCUUACCAAAUGAAGCGCCAGCGACCUGAUGACCCUAUGGCUUCAUUCCUGGGACAGUAGCUUUGAGGAAAGAACUUGAAAAUGAUGUUACAUUUCAUGACCAAAUGGACAAACUGAUUUCCUCAGAAUGUUU